AUGUCUCAAAGAACACCAAGUAUGAUGCAAAGAGCCAUCGUGGCUAUUGUUGCCAUAGCGGCAGGUGCUUGGGUUGUAAAAGAAACAGGAAAGGAUCUCGAAUUUGUCACAUAUACCCCUCAUACUCCAGAAGAAGUUGAAAGAAGAAAACGAGAAAAGGUGGGGUUCAACAUGACAGUACUUGAAACUACGACAUUAGAUUAUAAACCAGAAGCCAAAGAGAGGAUGAGGAAGGCAUUGGAGGCAAGAGCUCUUGCAGAAGCUGAAAAGGCAAAGGCUCAAGAAACAAAACUAGAUGAUUCCAAAUAA